AUGGAUACAAAAGAUCAAGAUCAAGAUCAUCAAAAAUCGACUACUCCUCAACCAUCAACUCAACCCUCUCAAUCUUCGCAAUCUACGAACAUACAUAGUCAUCAUCAAAGUCAUUUAAAUAAUAAUCAUAAUCUUAAUCAUAAUCAUUAUACUCAUUUUCCUCAAAAUUAUCAUCAUUUACAACAAUAUGAUCAACUGAAUCUGUCCCAAGAUUGUAUGGAAUUAAGUAGAACUGUUUCACCGAUAUCUAUCUCAGUUCCUUCAUUAUGUCGGCAUAAUUCAUCAUCGUCAUCAUCAAAUCUCAAAAAAUCAUCUUCGAGUAUACAAUUGAACGACAAAGUAGAUCAAGACAGUGAUUCCAUUCUACCUGAAAUUAAUAUGCCAAAAACUCCACCUCCAAUUGAACACUCAGAGAGUAGAAAUCACCAAAAUCAAGGAACAUUUUCAAAUUUUCAAUUACCAAAUGACAUUUUAAAAAAUUUAACUCCCAUUAUAAAAUCACCACCAAAAGAUCGAUCAAAAAAUGAAAUUUUACGUAAAAAUCAUUUAAAAGAUAUUCAAUUAAAAUUAAAUAAUCAAAAUCAAAAAAUUAAUAAAACAAUAAAAAAUUUAAAAAUUGAAAACAACAAGAAAUUACAAUUUCAAACUUUUAAAUUAAAUGAAAAUUUAAAAUUUGCAAAAUAUAGAAGAGAAAAUUAUUUAAAUUUAGUUAGAGCAAGAGCUGGAAGAUUUCUAGAGAGUGGUAGUAAUGAGAACAAUUUGAAACAGAAAAGUAAAUCCUUGAAUGAUUACAAAUAUACGAAACUGCAGAACCAUCAAGUUUCUCAAGAACAAAGCUAUCAUGUAAAAUUUAAUCAUCUUUCACAAUCUACACUUAACAAUAUAUCAAAUUUUCAAAGAAGGUCACAACAAUACUUGUUUAAAAAUGCAAUAACAUUUUUAAAAAACUCGAAUUUUUUACACAAGUUUGAUAAAAUGUCAUUUAAUCAAGUUUUAACAUGUUUAAAUACAGAAUCAACAAUAAAAAAAAGUAUAUGUCAUAUACUAAGAUAUCUCCACAUAACUAAAGAUUUAUUUGAAAUAAAAAUAUUUUUAUAUUGUUUUAUAAUGAUUUCUGACUUUAAUGAUUGUAUGAUUAAUGGACCUCAGCAACCUGGUUUUAAUUCAAAUUUAAAUAAGCGUGAUAAAAAUGGAAAUGAUGAAUUAAAUUUUUUUAAUAAUUUUAUUUGGGUCUUGUUAUAUAAAUAUAGUUCAUUUUUAAUCCAUGAAUUUACUCAAUUAAUUGAUAAUGCUACAAAUGCAAACACCUUGCAGGUUUCAAGUAAGUUUUCCAGGUAUUGGGAAGAUUAUAAAUUUAUUUUUAAAAUUUUCAAAUGGAAUCAUUAUAUAAAUAUCAAAAAAAUCUUAUUCAGUUCAAUAUCUAUAGUUGAUCAACAAUUAAUUAUCUUAGAUAAUCAUAAUGUCAACAAUUCCUUUGGUAGUUAUGAUAACUAUGAUAAUGAAAUUAUCGAGCAGAAGGGGAAAUUAGAGAUGGAAUUAAAAUUAUUAAAUAAAUAUGAUUUAAAAAAUUUACAAAUUUUUAAUUCUUCUGAUAAUGUUAAAAAUUUUAAUUCAAUACUAUCACAGAAGAUCAAUGUUUUGUUUGCAAAUUAUCAAAAUCAAAAUUCCUUAAAUGGAGUUGCUACUACUAGAGAAUUUAUACAAAACAAACCAAGUUUAAUUUGUUUUAAAAAUUGGAAAUUUCAUAUUCCUGAUUUUGUACCAAUUGAUAAAUGGAGAUCAUAUUGGAGAUCACAUUAUUUCAAAAAAUUUUGUAAUAGCAUUAACAACGCAGGUGAAUUGAAUUAUCAAAAAAAAUCUUAUCCUUCAAAAUUAAAAAGUGGAUACUUAGGUGAGAUCAAUAACUAUUAUUUCAACAAUGAAUUAAACAAGAGCGAAGACACGGCGGGAUCAAAUUUUAAUUAUUUUGAAUUAAUUGAUUCAAUAAUUGAUAUAAAUUCAAUAUCAUUAAAAGAAAUUUAUGGAAUUUUAUUUGAUUAUUAUAUUCAUUUUUCAAGUGGGAAAAAUUAUAAAAAUUUUAAUGGAUCAAUUGAUGAAGAAUUUGAAAAUGUUGGAUUAAGAGGUACAUAUUAUGAUUAUGGAUCAUCUAGUAGUUCUACUACUACAACAAAUCAUGAUUUUGAAUAUUUAAAUAAAAUUAAAUUAUUAUUUAUGCAUUAUGAUCAAUUAAAUAAAUUUCAACAUAUUUUAAAUUUUAAAAAUUUAUUACCAAAUGAAGAAAUUGAAUUUGAUUUAAUUGUACAAUUAAAAUAUGAAAUUUUAAUACAAUAUUUAAAGAAUUGUAGAUUCAAUAAUAAUAAUGAGAAUGGUAAUGAUGAUGAAUUCACAAAUUUUAAAAGAUUUGAAAAUUUAAAAAUUAUUUUAAAUUCAACUAAUUUUCAAAAUUUAAAAUUUUCAAUAUAUACUUUUAAUCCUCAAUUAUUAUUUCCUAAAUUUUAUAAAAUUUAUUUGAGGGGAAGAUAUGAUUUACCAAUUUUAUGUAACAAUGAGAAUGAGACUAGUUUAAAUGGAAUUUUGCAAUCAUCAUUUAAAAAUAAUUUAAGUGAUAUAUUAUGUGGUAAAGAAGAUGAUUAUAUUUUUAAUGUUUUUAAGUUUUUCAAUACUAUUUUCAUUGAUCAAAUUAGUAAUAUAAAUUUUUUGAAUCAUGAAAAUGAUGAGGAUGAAAUUAUAUCUAAUUUUAAAGACAAUUUUGUCAAAUACAAUCAAAAUUUAAUUAAAUUAAUUGAUUUAAAUUGUUUUGGUAUAAUGUAUCAAACUUAUUUUCAAAUAAAUUCAAAUAUUUCACAAUCAUAUAUUUUUAAAUUACAUAAAUUGUACAACGAAUAUGAGAUUGAUGAGAAUGAAUGUGAUUUAAAUUCACUUGUAUCAUCAUCAUCAAUCGGAAAACAGGAAUAUAUAAAUUUCUUCAAUUAUUACAAAUACAAUAAUGAUAAAAUCUCCAAAUUAUUAUUAUUGAAAUGGUCAAAUCAAAUGAAAGAAAAAAUAAACAGUUUUUCACAACAUGAACAAUUUCAAUUCAAAUCUUUUAAUUCUACAGAAUUCCAAUUUAAACUUCAAUUUCAAUUUUUUACAAAAGAAAUUAUUGAAUUAUCUACUGAAAUUUUCAAAUUUAAUAAAUUUUUAUAUAAUAUUUAUAGACCUAUCUUCAACUGGAUUGGAGAAGAUUUAAAUAUUUUGAUAUAG